GCCUCUCUGCUUUGCACAUGAGAAGCCUUUUCGCAAGUUUGCUGCAGCAGCCAUGUUAGACGUGUCAAAUCUACACCCCGUGACCAGGGAGUCGGAACUGACCACCUAAACAGAGGUGGCGUCCACGGGCCGGUAGGACACUCCGCCCCCCCCUCUCUUUCCCUCUCUCCCAUUCUGCCUCCUGCUCCCUCUAUCGCUGACUCCCCCUCCCUCCAUCCCGUUCAUGCUGGAUUGCCUCAGUCCAGAGUUGUUGGCUUUUAGCCCCGGCGAGCAGCUGUGGCUCUCGGCUUGGCUGCCCUCGGGGCCACACCCACAUGCAGGGACUCCCCAGCACCUUCUCCAGCUGCACCCCUGCUGGCCCGUGGGGGACUCGAGCUUAGGGGGGGCCCAGGUGAGGCAAGAGCCGGUGGUGAUUUGGUUCGAUCCGUCCGUGAGCCCCGGGUGAAGAGCCGUGUUGUCGCCCGCGAUGUGACCGCCCUAACAUGAUGACCCUGGAUGGCCUGGAGAUCAUCGCGGUGCUGGUGGUCGCCGCGCUCUUCGUCAAGGUGCUGGAGCAGUUCGGACUCUUCGAACCCGUAGGAGGGGAAGACAGCCUUGAGGACGACUUUGAGCUCUCCACUGUGUGCUACCGACCUGAGGACCUAGACAAGCUGCAGGAGCUGACGAGGUUCACCAAGAAGGAGCUUCAAGUCCUUUACCGGGGCUUCAAGAAUGAGUGUCCCAGUGGAGUGGUCAACGAGGACACCUUCAAGCUCAUCUACUCCCAGUUCUUCCCCCAGGGUGAUUCCAGUACAUAUGCCCACUUCCUGUUUGAAGCCUUUGACACUAACAAGAAUGGGUGCGUCAGUUUUGAGGACUUUGUCACAGGCCUGUCCAUUAUUCUCAGAGGAUCUAUCAACGACCGUCUCAGCUGGGCCUUCAACCUGUAUGAUCUCGAUAAAGAUGGCUGCAUCACCAAAGAGGAGAUGAUGUACGUCAUGAGGUCCAUCUACGACAUGAUGGGGAAGUAUACCUGUCCCUGUUUGCAUGCGGACACCCCCAGGGAGCACAUGGAGAGUUUCUUUAAGAAAAUGGACCGGAAUAAUGACGGAGUAGUAACCAUCGAGGAGUUCAUCGAGUCGUGCCAGAAGGAUGACAACAUCAUGCAGUCUAUGCAGCUUUUCGACAGCAUCAUCUAGAUCCUGUCACCAUGGCGAUGGCUGAAGGAUGUGGGCAGGCAAGCCCCUAGCGUACGGACUGACCCACAGCACCCCAUACAGCCAUAGCUAGAAUCCCCCCCCCUUUCCAUGGGACAAGGGCAUUUUUCCAUUCAGUUCAUCUCUUUGCUAGAGACAGGCGAAUCAGAGCCAGCAGUUGGGAAACGCUCUUGUGUGUGGGAUUCUUUCUUUUUUUUCUGAUACCUGCCCACGUUAGGAAUGCUGGCCUGGCAGCAGGACCCCUUGCCAGCAAAUCAGCAGCAAACAAAGCUAUAAAUUAUCCCCGAUAGGGAAUUCCCAGCUUCCCCUGAACUGCAUGCUGUUUGUGCUCACUCACCAUGGUGCAGCGCUUUCACCUAUUCACCCCAGAAUCUUAUGUAAGAGGCCCAGGGGACGAUGAAGAAUUCACCUCUGUGUGUUGCUCUUUGGUCUGGUCCAGAUGACGUGCUGUGUCAAAACUGCAUGUUAUUCGUAACUCUGACCCAUUCAGGACCGCCACAAUGAGCAAGAUACGAGUCGUCCUCUUUUGGCCAUGGGAUAGGUGUCUAUGUACGGCCCGUGCAUUCAGACAGCAAGACUCUCGUAGUGAGUGAAGGACCGCUUGUGUGGAAGUGGCAACUUAUCCAGCAGCCCGCCCUGAGACGGGUGGUGUUCUGGGGUUAGGGGGCUGGCUGUGAGCUCCAGUCAGGCACACUCUGGAUCACAAACGGCUUUUUAUUUAGGGAGCAGGUCCAAGCCAGAGGGCACUGUUCGUCAUGCUGUUUUUGAGAUUUUGGAAAACCCAUUUAACCAAGUAAGGCAGGUAAACAGUCACCCUGUUUUUCUCCGUAGGAGCAUAGGGGAAGGUGCGCCAAACGCUUGCUAGCUAACUGACCGUAAGUGGCCCCUGUAUAUAUCUGCAUGUAAGCUAGACAAAGGCCAACUGCAUUUACUGUGUGUCCAAUAAGCCUAACAGGAUGCUUGGUGUUUCUUGGCCAUAUUUUGUACAGACAUGAAAAUAAAACCACAGCUGCUGUGCUUCUGCGUGACUCUGUCCCUUACAGGCAGGCUGCUCUCUGGUAAGGGGUUGUGCCAGGGCUGAACGAUUCAUCAAUUUUAAAUCAACAUAAUUAGUAAAUU